CCAAACCCCACCCCCCACCAAACAAAAUAAACCCAAAUAAAGCAAAACAGCACCAGAUCAAACCAAGGCCAAAACGAAAACAAAAACUGAGGCCUGCACCCGCCAGAAUCAAAGACACAUCUCACCAUGCCUCGUACAAAGCCAAACAUCAUAAUCACCGGCACGCCCGGCGUCGGUAAAUCUUGCCACUGCGAGCACCUAGCACAAAUCACAGAACUGGGUCUCAAACACCUCUCCAUCAACCAUAUUGCCAAGGAGCGCAACUGCUAUGACGGUUAUGAUGACGAACUAAAAAGCCAUAUGAUCGACGAAGAUAAGCUUCUGGACGAAAUCGAGGACGAGGUUAAGGAGGGCGGGUACAUCAUUGAUUGGCACAUCUUGUUGUUGUGCUACGUGCGGAUUCGACCAUUCUAUAUGAUCGAUUGGAGAAACGGUGAGUACAAAAAACUCCAAGAGAAUCUCGACGCCGAGAUCAUGCAGGUCAUCCUUGAAGAAGCUAGGGAGGCAUACGAUGAGGAAGCUAUAAUUGAGCUACGGAGCGAUACCACAGAGGAGAUUGACAGCAACGUCGACAGGAUAUCCGCAUGGACGAGGCAUUGGAUACAAAACAAUCCGGAGGGCGUGUAA